AUGGACGUUCGGGCUCUUCUUCAACGGGAGGCAUCUGCCCGGGGACUCUCAUUGACUUCACUUUCUGAGGUAAGCACGUUAGCAUCAUCACAGAAGGUGGCCUGCUGUGGAGGCCUGGUAGAGAAAAUUGUGGCCGAGUCUGCUGAGGAUUGUACAGUACUCUUGCGAGACACUACAGGAACUAUGCAUUGUGCUAUUCACGGUGCUGUAACUUCUUCUUAUCCAGAUGCUGUGGCCGCAGGAGCAUUGCUUCUUUUUCGCGAUAUCACUGUCGUUGUGGUUCCUGCCUUAAUGCCACCUAUAUUGAUUGUUUGUUUAGAGCAUCUUAUUGCUCUCUUGUUGCCGGGAGGACCUCCAGAGAGUGGACGUGCUCUCGAUUUAGGGGAGGCAUCGUCAUCCUUCUUUUAUACAGAUAUGACAACACACAGUGGAGAUAAUCUACCUGACACUCGUAAAUCCUUAACUUGCGAUAUAGUCGAUGAUAGUGUGAAUGAAAGGUAUCCUGGAGCAGCAACGGCUACUAAUAAUGAUGCUACAACUGCUGGUGCACACCCAGAGACCAUUAUUGGAAGUCGUGACGAUUAUGAUGAUGAUGAUGACUGCUUAGAGUUGGCAGAUGAUCUGUAA